GGCUGUCCUGCAAAGAAAAGGAGAGGAAUGCCCCCUAACCUUUCCUUGCUUUCCACUGAAUUCUCCUAUCUGCUACCAUACAGUUGCUCAACUCUGGUCUCAGCUGCAGCCCAAUCAUUCACCGGUAUAUAAGUCACUACACCCUCUGCAGUUUCUAUCCCUCCAGCCAUCAAUCCUUGAAGAAGCUUUGUGCUACCGGAGAAGGUGUUGGCUGGGCACAAUUGCAGGCUACAUACAUUCCACAAACCUGUCAGCUCCACGAAAUUGGUGCUCUCAGGGUCUGCAUUGCACUGCGAUGGGGAGGCAUUCUUGCUGCUACAAGCAGAAGUUGAGAAAGGGGCUCUGGUCCCCUGAGGAGGAUGAGAAACUCAUGAAUCACAUAACAAAACAUGGCCAUGGCUGCUGGAGCUCUGUCCCUAAACUCGCGGGGCUCCAAAGGUGCGGAAAGAGCUGCAGGCUCAGGUGGAUAAACUAUCUGAGGCCAGACCUCAAGAGGGGGGCGUUCUCUCAGGAGGAGGAAGGCCUCAUCAUUGAGCUGCAUGCUGUCCUUGGGAACAGGUGGUCUCAAAUUGCAGCACAGCUUCCUGGGAGGACUGACAACGAGAUCAAGAAUCUAUGGAACUCGUGCAUCAAGAAGAAGCUGAGGCAGAAAGGCAUUGAUCCCAACACCCACAAGCCCCUCGCCGAGGCUGAUCGCAGUGGAGCAGCUCCCACCAUCAGCACCGAGAGGACCUCAGGGUCCAGUGACUUCAACCCGUCAAGUGCUGGUGCUCUGGGGAACUUGAGCCACCUCCUCAGUGAGACAGCCCAAUCAUCGCUGCUGCUGCCAGUGUAUGACAAGAAUCGCACUGAAACUCCAAACUUGGCACGCCCUAAGGUGCUACCAAAGGAGUUAUUUCUGGACCAGCUUGCUGCUGGCCACGAGAGCCCGUCAACCUGCCGCUCAUCAGGGCCAACGCUGUAUUUCCCUUUCCAACAGCCAUUAGGUUACAGCAGUGAAAGUGGCAGUGGCAACGGUGCAAAUAUGAAUUCACUCUGGUUCAACCAGACUGACUUCAACUGCAGCACCAUGUCUACUGUGAUGCCACCAGUUUCACCAUCGGCCCUCUCGACAUCAAUAGGGCUGAAUCUCCCACCAGAUAAUACUCGACAUGGAGGCACUGGCAUUGGAAGUGCCCCGGUAGACUCAUUCUACUGGGAUGGUAUUAAUCCUAGCAGCAGUAGCAGUACUGGAAGCAGAGGAAGCAACAGUAUGGGAUUCGAGCCACAGAGCACAAGCUCAAUUUUGGAGAACAGUGUGUUCCCAUGGACGGACAUCGGACAAGAAAAGGAUACAAGAGCUCACUUAGUAGAGGAACUUAAGUGGCCUGACUUGCUCCAUGGAACCUUUGCCGAAACGACCACAGCCAUGCAGAACCAGAGCCAAUCACUCUAUGAUGACGUGAUCAAGGCAGAGAGCCAAUUCAACAUGGAAGGGAUAUGUGCUUCUUGGUUCCAGAAUCAGCAGCCACAGCAACAGCUGCAGGCAGCACCAGACAUGUAUGACAAGGACUUGCAAAGAAUGCAACUGUCUUUCGAGAAUAUCUAGGCAUUAUGUUCCACCAUAUGGAACAGAGAAGACCAGCAGAAUCAGAAACUUGUAAUGUUCACAGAUUUGUGCACAGAACUAUGCUGAAUUGCUUACAUAGUCGAUACAGAAAUCAACCUCUAUAGCUGUUCCUCAGUUAAAGACCCUGCAAUAUCGUGGAAAGGACACCCCUGGCCUUAGAAGUGGCAGCAGAAUGCAUAGAAAAAUUCUGCAGUAAACUUUUGUGUGGAGAAUCCAAAUCUACCCGAUCGCUUUCUACUUGAAUACAGGCAUGGAAAAGGAUUGGUUGAUCUGACAGGGUCCAAAGGGGCAAUCAUCUUCAAAAGAAAGUAAACAUAUUCGGGAACAGAAAGGAGGCAACUAUUUAUGAAUAUCAACCUACCGUGUAGAUUGGGCAAUAUAUGAAGCCUCAAUGUGGUGAGACUCAACAUAUGCUCAAUUCGAUCUGUGAAUCAUUGCUUAUGUGACAUAGCCAUGAUAUGUUGUGUAAAUUUAGCCUUGCAAAAUCUGUAAAUGGUUUGUACUUUGGAUACGAGUUAAAUAUUCAGCUGCCAGGGGACUGAA